AGGGGUUCAUCGUCUCUGAGCUAUACUGACUUUAUCAAACGACUAUAUAUUUCCUGUUACUUGGAGUUAUCGAUGUUGUCGCUUCUCAAAGUGCCACCCAGAUGUUGCUAAUUCUGUUUAGCAAAUAACAAAAAGUGUCAUUUCAAAUUUCAAGAUCCUAGGCUAGUAACUUGUCCCUGAUUUAUUCUUAUUAUUCUGAAUUAAUACCGUAAGAGUUUAGGAGAAAGGGGACAAACAACAAUGAUUAGGUACGAACAAAGAAACCGUCAGAACCCGCGCUGUGCAUUGUUUGACUCAAGCUAGCAAGCGACCUUGAAACAAGACAAUUGCCCUAUUGAUAUGCGCCGCUGAAAUUAAAAUGCGAGUACACUAUCGUCCUUAUUCACCUUUUUCAACCAUUCCAGACCAGAUGGACCUGACUUCAAACGUAUCUUAUUCAUCAUGUCAUGUCUACCUGUUCAUAGACGCUGGUCAGAUUGUAUGGCGUCGAAGGGGCCUCAGGAAGAAGUCUACUCAAACGCCGCCGACAUCAACUUCCGCAACCCGGAAAAUCCUAAAUGGUGGUUCUAUAACGACAAAACCGAAGAUUUUCUCAGGAGUCCCAACUCGGCCAUCGGCGCUGUCGAAGAUGAGAAGGGUGACGAAAUGGCGCUCAACAUAGCCGUAGACUCUAUCCGUUUUCUUAGAGAUGAAUUAAACAAAUAUCAAAGUUUGACAUGGCAGGACGUACGAAAUACGAGGCCCGUGUUAUUCGUCACGUCAGAUCCUGAUCGUCGACAGCGCCGAUAUAAUAUUAUUGAUCAUUAUCCACCUCCGCUAAAUCUCAACAGGGUCCGUUCUAAUAACGCAGAAGGAAAUCUUAAAGGGGCGAUCUUAAACUCCAUGAUAAACCAAUUCUUCUAUGGGUUGCGCCCCCUUAUUCCGCAAAACUGGCAACCUUGGUUCUCCCGUUUCGACAUGCUCUCGAUAGAUGAUCAACUUGACGUACUUGAGUCUCUCCCACGCCCAUUGCCUCCGAUGCUGUCGCCGGUGGACCAGAGGCUCUGUAUUCUCGUCGGUCUGGAUGAUGCUUACAGCCAGUAUACGCAUGGCCAAGUAACGCGCUUCCUUCGUAUUAUUGAACAGUCAUUUAUUGCUGAUGGAAGAGGAAAGAUAUUACUCAUUUGCGUUACUCCAUUCAACAUAAUAGAUAUGCUCAAGGACGAGAGCUGUGUGAUAAAACUGAAGUAAAGGUACCAGGAGAUGAAACUUACUUAGGCUUCAUCUCCACGAAAAGCUUCACAACAUAGCUUUGAUAAUCUUUCCUCUACUAGCGUAUAUUUGGUUCUUACGAAGAUAUUGUAUUUCCUAGGUAGCAUAUCUUGUAGUUAUGACCCACCUCAUGUUUUCAUUUCCAAUCGCGCUACGACUGUUACACUUACCUCGGUUAUGGUAGAUUGAAGGGGUUUAAAGGGGUUUAAAGGGGCUGUAUGUACACGUAUCUGUAAUUUCACAUUGUUUAAAUCGGAUUCCGCAAAUAGACAAGAGCCUUGAUUAAUCAAGUUGUUUAGAUAUUAAAUUUAUCGAUUUUAUGAUAAGUGUACUAAGAAGUAAG